AUGAUUGAGAAGUUUGUUCCAAAUUUUGAAAAGAGCUGUAUUAUUCGAUUUAGUAACAGUGAGCAUAAAUUUGUUACUGGAUCACAGAGUCCUGUUAUUGCUGUGGGGGAGAAAGUACACAGAAGUGAUCUUUGUCUUGCAUAUAAGGCAUUCUCUGAAUCUGCUUUAUUGGAAACGCUGCAUAUCUGUAAGUCCAAUGGUUCUCGGGUUACUUGCUUUAAAGACUUUAGCCUGGUACGCAAUCCAGCUGUCACUAUGGAAGAAUGGAAUCAUAACAUCAGUUCAUUCACACAUUUUGUUAUUGCAGGCAUACCUGAAAUCCAAGAUAUAAAAUCACGGAUUAUUCUUUUUGUGCUUUUUCUAGUGAUAUAUACCAUUACAGUAAUAGAAAACCUUAUUUUUAUUAUUGUAAUAAAAUCUGACCAUGGUCUGCAUUCCCCAAUGUACCUGUUCAUUUGUAACUUGGCAAUCCUGGAUCUUCUUAUUCCUUCUGUUACUGUUCCAGAGAUGCUCUACUAUUUGAUAACAGAGGAUAGGUCAAUUGCUUUUGGUCCAUGCAUUACACAGAUGGCAUUCUAUCUCACCUUUUUAGUAACAGAGGCUGUCACGUUGGUGGUUAUGGCUUAUGAUCGUUACCAGGCCAUAUGUAAUCCACUACAUUAUCCAACUGUCAUGACCACUAAGCAUGCAUUUAUGUUAUCUGCUCUUUGCUGGAUGGUAGGUUGUGUGAGAACAAUUCCUUACAUAUAUUUUGUACUCAAUGCACCGUUCUGUGGACCAAACAGAAUUGAAUAUUUUUGUUGUGAUUAUGUGUCCAUCAUGCUUUUGGCUUGUGCUGAUGUCUCAGUAGAAAGUACAUAUGAUAAAAUUGUGUCUUUAAUGCUAAUUACUGUUCAGCUGUUUCUUAUUUUGUUUUCUUACAGAAAGAUUACUGUUGAGGUAUCUAAAAUUAGUUCAUCUGAGGGUCAGAGAAAAGCCUUCUCCACUUGUGCCAGCCAUCUUCUUGUCAUAAGUGUCUUCUAUCUUGCUGUAGUAUUUGUGUUAAUCUCAUAUUCAGUACCAGGUUUUUCAGAACAAGUACGUACCCUGGCUGCUUUAGUCCAGAAUGUACUUCCUCCUCUGGCCAAUCCAGUCAUUUACUGUAUAAAAACAAAAGAAAUCAGGACCAGUAUCACAAAGCUGAUUAAAAAAUAUUAG